AUGAGGAUUGGUGAAUUUGAAAUGGUGGCGUUGACUAUAUUGAAGAAUAAAAUUCCUCCUAAAUUGAAGGAUCCGGGCAGCUUCACAAUUCCUUGUUCUAUUGGUGGUAGAGACGUUGGUAGAGCACUUUGUGACAUGGGGGCUAGUAUCAAUUUGAUGCCCAUGUCAAUUUUCAAGAAGUUGGGGAUUGGAGAAGCAAGACCAACCACAGUCACUUUGCAAUCAGCGGAUCGCUCUAUGGCACACGCGGAAGGAAAAAUUGAAGAUGUACUUGUGCAAGUUGAUAAAUUCAUUUUUCCGGUUGAUUUCAUCAUCCUUGAUUAUGAAGUGGAUAGAGAUGUUCCUAUUAUCUUGGGUAGGCCAUUUCUAGCUACCGAGAGGACCUUGAUUGAUGUACAAAAAUAG